AUGGGCCACCAGAACGUCUGGAAUUCUCACCCCAAGACCUACGGUCCUGGAUCCAGGGCUUGCCGUGUGUGUGGCAACCCUCAUGCAAUCAUCAGGAAGUACGGGCUCAUGUGCUGCAGGCAGUGCUUCCGCAGCAACGCUAAGGAGAUUGGUUUCAUUAAGAGCUUGCUGGCAAUGGAGAUGCUGACUCUUGAUAGUAAUCUACUUUCAGUUUUAUGUGGUGUAAUCCAGAGGACAUGA